CUUCUCUGGUUCUUCUUCCUCCCUAUCUCUACUUUCUCCUUCUUUCUUGAUUCUUGAUUUUCUAGGUUCUGGUGCUAUCAAUCCCCACAUUCCGCGCCCAGCGCCCCGCGCCCUACACCCUGGCUCUUACGCCCAGCCUUCCUCUGUGUGCCCUAGAUCCCGUGCCUGCUGCCUGUGCCCAGAUCUGCAAUCAUACCCCUAUUUCUGGCAAUGAUGCCCCUGCACUCUCCCCUCUGCACCAAGCCAGCCCCCCCUCUGUUGCACCAGAUCUCCUACGCCCUGCACACUGCGCCUCGCCCCCAAUCCUGCACUCUGCACUCAUGCUUGCCACAGCCCCAUCCCUGCCUCACCUACAAAAAAAGCAACAAUACAAGACAAAAUUGGUAUCAUUGGUGAUUGACAGAGCAAUGCCUUUUUUUUUAUUUAUUUUUAUUAGUUGGGUGUAUAUAUAGAGCAAAAAGCAGAGUAGGGAGGGGCGUCGGUAGUUGAUUUUGGAGUUUAAUUUGGGAGUCCGUCUGGGUUUUGAGAGGAGGUAAUCUUCGAAACAGAGGAUUUUUGUUAAGAAAAUGGUGAAGGAGAUGGUGCCGUGGGUGGGAUUCCUUCCAUCAAAUCCAUAUCUGUUUUUCUUUCAAAAAUUCGUCGUGCUUGUUUUUAUCUUUCUGUGGUGUUUGUUUCUUUAGAUCUGAUGUUAAGAUUGUUCCUAUAAUUACUCGAUCAGUAUCACGAGCAAUGGCUACUCAUCCUGAUAGUCCUGGAGAUGAACAAGGGGAAAAGUUUGCUAUGGAACAGAAAAUUGAAAGGUUGGAAGCUUUAGUCAUGCAACUUCUAUCUAAUCAGCAAGGGAAUCUUACUAUGGCUCAGUUUGGACCUUCUACUGGAAAUACGUCCACAAUUGCCCAUGCUCCUGGUAAAGAACCUGUGGUUAUCAAUGUUCCUAUGGCUGAUACCCAUGCAUUUGACGAUACCAAUAUCCCACCCAACUCUGGGAUUCCUGUCAAUGUUGGUGCCACUUUGGAAAAUCCUCCACUUGCAAUACCUUUGAGCUUUAAUCAAGGAGGGACAGUGGGUCAAACUCAACUAAAAGAGGAAUCUAGUGACAGUGAAGAACUCCCUCUAAAGAUGAAACUUAAGAUGCAAUUGCUAGAAGAGCGUCUAAAAGCUGUUGAGCAAGUUGAUAGUUUCGGUUCAGUGGAUUUUGACUCUUUUUGCUUGUUUCCUGAUAUUGUAAUCCCACCAAAGUUUAAAAUCCCUGAAUUUGACAAGUAUGAUGGAACUGGAUGUCCAAAAGCUCAUUUGAGUAAAUAUUGUAACAAAAUGGCUGCUUAUGGAAAGAAUGAACAAUUGUUGAUCCAUUUCUUCCAAGAAAGUCUCACCGGACCUGCUGAGCUCUGGUAUUCCACUCUUGAUCGUAAACACUUGAAAUCCUGGUCAGAACUUUCUUUUGCAUUUUGGAAACAUUAUAAGUUCAAUUAUGCUUUAUCCACCACUCGUGAAGACCUCCAAAGGAUGGAGAAGAAAGCCUCUAAGACCUUUAAAGAAUAUGCUCAACGUUGGCACAUUAAGGCUGCUCAAGUGCAACCUCCAAUGACUGAAUCUGAGCUCAGCAAUCUAUUUGUCAAAUCAAUGAGAGGACCGUAUCUUGAUAAAAUGCUUACUCAUUCCUCUGAUGAUUUUGCAAAGCUAGUUCACAUUGGAGAAAAUAUUGAAGAUGCUAUAAAGUCAGGGAAGAUCCCAGAUGCUAACUUAUGGCAAGCUCUGAUGGAAAAUAACCAAGGGAAUGGUCGUAAGUUUAACCAGUUCAACCAGUUCAAGAAAGACAAAAAGGAGGGUGAGGUCCAAGCAAUCAUGCAUACAUCUAACCAACCAUAUACCUCAAAUCCUUACUCACACACUGCUAAAGGAUACUCCCCCUAUCCACCAAGUCCCAUAUAUGCCACCUACCCAGCUAAUCCUCCCAAGCCAUAUCCAAAUAGGCCAAAUACUUUCGAUAGGAGAUUUCGAAAGAUUGAUCCUAUUCCUCUCUCUUACCUGGAUGUAUACAACCAAUUGACAGCCGUAGGGAUUGUGACACCAAUACCUCCUCCUAAAGUCCAAGACCCCCUCCCAAAAGGAUUCAACCCAGAAGUUCAAUGCAUCUAUCACAGUGGUGGUGUUGGCCAUGAUAUUGAAAAUUGUUGGAGUUUUAAACACCUUAUUCAGAAUUUGCUAGAAGAGAAGAAGAUUGCAUUUGAGACCUCUGAUAAGGCCAGUCCUAGCAUUACCAGCAACCCACUCCCAGAGCAUGCCAACCCUGGUGGAAGCUGAAACAACAUUUGAGGAGCUCAUAUGGCAAGAAUUGAGUUCAAACCUCAAGGAUUCUUGAAGUAAUGACCUAUGUCAGUUAUCUCUGCUUUUCAGUUAUUAGUAGUAUAAGUAACUUGAAUCCACCAUUGAUUCUGCCCAAGAUCAUGGUUAAAGUAAAAUAAUGGGCACAUC